GUCCUCACAACCACAGCACAAAACUCCAAACCAGUCACCAACCCUCGGGACAACAACGUCUUUUCAAAACCCUAGACUCCGUUUUGCGUAACUAUUUUGUCCUCCUUAAACUCGCGGAGUUGCAGAAGCCACACCUCAGAACAAUCACCCCCUUCUUCUUCUGCUUCUUCUUCACAGUCCCAAUUUUACUGUGUUUUUAAUUAAUCCAAACAUGGCCUUCGUCUCUCAGCUAAACCAAUUCCCCUGCAAGACUCUCUUAGUAACUCCACGUCACCCCCGCCUCACCUCCAAGCCUUCAACUUUGGCGCCAAACUCCGUCGGACUCGCCACCCCCAAAUUGACACUUUCCAACCCGGAAUACCCACAAGUCAUCCGACCCCCGACCCGGAUCCGAGCCAUUGACGAGGACGAGUCGGCCCCGGAAACCUCGGAGGAGCCGUCCGGCGUGGCAGCUGGAGCCGUGGCUGUGGCGGAGAAGCCGGCUGAGCCAGAGGAGAUCUCGAAACUGAAGAAGGCUCUGGUGGACGCGUUUUACGGGACUGAUCGUGGGCUCAGCGCCACCAGCGAGACCCGGGCCGAGAUUGUCGAGCUUAUUACCCAAUUGGAGGCCCAAAACCCGACUCCGGCUCCGACCGAGGCCUUGCCUCUCCUAAACGCGAAAUGGAUUCUGGCGUACACAUCUUUUGCCGGUUUGUUUCCGUUAUUGUCCAGAGGAACUCUUCCUUUGGUGAAGGUUGAUGAGGUUUCGCAGACUAUCGACUCCCAGAACUUCACAGUUGAAAACUCUGUUCGGUUUUCCGGGCCUUUGGCUACAACUUCUUUCAGCACCAAUGCCACAUUUGAUGUCCGAAGUCCUAAGCGUGUUCAGCUCAAGUUUGAGGAAGGGGUGAUUGGCACUCCACAGCUAACAGACUCGCUAGUGAUACCAGAAGAUGUUGAGUUUUUGGGACAGAAGAUAGACCUUGCACCCUUCAAGGGUUUGCUCACCUCUGUCCAAGACACUGCUUCCUCGGUUGCAAAGUCCAUCUCCAGCCAACCCCCGUUUAAGUUUUCGAUCUCAAGUAGCAAGGCCGAAUCGUGGUUGCUAACCACAUACCUUGAUCAAGAGCUUCGGAUUUCGAGGGGAGACAAUGGCAGUGUGUUUGCGCUCAUCAAGGAAGGCAGCUCCCUUUUGACUCCUUGAUCUGGAUCUUAGGAAUUUGUGUAUUAUUAAUUAUGUGUACUUUCAGGAACAUGAGAUGUAAUUUUCUAUAAAUCAAUAAAUUGAAGCACUGGAUUCAGUGGAUUGUAUGUUUGUACACA